AUGAACAAGCAAACGGCUGGUAUGCUCGGACUGAAAAUCAAUGUCAAACUCAAUGGAAGUAAUAUGGCAUUGCACAGCGGGUCAUUGCCAUUUAUAGAAGAAAAGCCGACAAUUGUCUUCGGCGCCGAUGUAUCGCAUCCCGGACCUGGAUCCGACAUGCCCAGCAUCGCAGCCAUAGUUGCCUCUUACGACCAGAACGUGACCAAAUACGCAACAUCGAUAAGAUUCCAGAAGUCACGGGUCGAAAUUAUAGAGUCCAUCGAAGAGAUGGUAAUUGAACUUUUGAGGAUUUUCCACCGCACUACGAAGCGGAAGCCUCAGCGGAUUUUGUUCUAUAGAGAUGGGGUCGGGGAAGGGCAAUACGAAGACAUAGUGCAUUAUGAAGUGGAAGGCAUUCGGAAUGCCUGCAGAAAGUUGGAAGCGACAUAUAAUCCAACUAUAACCUUUAUUGUUGUUAGAAAAAGACAUCACACACGAAUGUUUCCCGUUAAUCGAAGCGAUGUCGACAACAAGUCGAACAACUGUCAAGCCGGGACGGUGUUGGAAAGGCCUGUCGGCCAUCCGUUCGAGUUUGAUUUCUUUCUAUUGUCUCAUCCUGGAUUGCAAGGAACAUCGCGUCCGACUCAUUAUCAUGUGUUAGUCGAUGAUAACAAGUUUGACGCCGACAGAUUGCAAACGCUCACAUAUAACCUGUGCUAUUUGUUUGCGAGAUGCCCGCGAGCAGUAUCUAUGGUCUCUCCUGCGUAUUAUGCACACUUGGCCGCAUUCCGCGCAAGAUUCUGGCGGAAGAACUCUAUCCUGUCUGAUUCGGCGAGCGUCAGCACAGACACCGGUUUGGGAAUUGAGGAUUAUAAACAGAUGCAUCCAAAGAUGAAGAGUCUAAUGUUCUUUAUGUGA